AAGUAGAGGGCUGGUUUAAGUCGUCUCGGUCCAGGGAUUGAGCGAGAGGAGAGUGAAGGCUGGCAGGUCGGCACUGGAGAUGGGCAGCACUGUAGGACUCCGCUCCAGUCCAAGGGCUUGGGGAUGUGGCUGGAAUGUCGCCCGACUCCUGUGCUUUGCUGCCAUUUGCUGGGUGCUCGGGACUCAGAUGGAAGUGGGAGCCUGGACCUACCAUUAUGGUAACAAAUCUGAUUACUCAUGGGAGCUGGCCAGAAACUUUUGCAGGUCAUUCUACACUGACCUCAUAGCAAUCCAGAACCAGGGGGAAAUUGUUUAUCUCAACAAUGUCUUACCCCGCCAUAGAACAUACUACUGGAUUGGGAUACGAAAGAUAAACAAUGUCUGGACCUGGGUUGGUACCAACAAGGCCCUGACGAAGGAGGCUGAGAACUGGGCUAACAGGGAACCCAACAAUAAAGGGAAGAACCAAGACUGUGUGGAGAUUUACAUAAAGAGGGAUCGUGAUGCUGGAAGAUGGAACGAUGAGAACUGCCAAAAGAAAAAGAGGGCGCUGUGUUACCAAGCGUCUUGCCAGCGUUCCUCCUGCAGCCAGCGCGGUGAGUGUGUGGAGACCAUCGGGAACUACAGCUGUGAUUGCUACCCUGGUUUCUACGGGCCUGAGUGUGAACACGUUGUGAGGUGCAAAAACCUUGACCCCAGGCCUGACUGCAGUCAUCCCCUGGGGGAAUUUAGCUACAACUCCACAUGCAAGUUCCAGUGCCAGGAGGGGUUUGAACUGCAAGGGCUGGACACGUUGCAGUGCUUGGCAUCGGGGAACUGGACAGCAGCGGCUCCAGAGUGUGCAGCUGUCAAGUGCCCAGUGCUGGAUUCCCCGGGCAGAGGCCGAUUAAACUGCACUCAUUGGCAUGGAGACUUCACGUAUAACUCCACCUGUGCCUUCUCCUGUGAGAUGGGGUUUGUGCGGAAUGGAUCGGAGAAGCUGGAGUGCACGGCCCUGGGACAGUGGACAGGGCGUCCCCCGCUCUGUGAAGCUGUUACGUGCCCAGGUUUGGCUGCCCCUGGCAGAGGCCGAUUAAACUGCACUCACUGGCAUGGAGACUUCACGUAUAACUCCACCUGCGCCUUCUCCUGCGAGACGGGGUUUGUGAGGAAUGGAUCAGAGACAGUGGAGUGCACGGCCCUGGGACAAUGGACAGGGCAUCCCCCGCGCUGUGAAGCUGUCAAGUGCCCAGUGCUGGAUUCCCCGGGCAGAGGCCGAUUAAACUGUACUCAUUGGCAUGGAGACUUCACGUAUAACUCCACCUGUGCCUUCUCCUGUGAGAUGGGUUUUGUGCGGAAUGGAUCCGAGACACUGGAGUGUAUGGCCCUGGGACAAUGGACAGGGCGUCCCCCGCGCUGUGAAGCUGUUACGUGCCCAGGUUUGGCUGCCCCUGGCAGAGGCCGAUUAAACUGCACUCACUGGCAUGGAGACUUCAUGUAUAACUCCACCUGCGCCUUCUCCUGUGAGACGGGGUUUGUGCGGAAUGGAUCGGAGACAGUGGAGUGCACGGCCCUGGGACAAUGGACAGGGCAUCCCCCGCGCUGUGAAGCUGUCAAGUGCCCAGUGCUGGAUUCCCUGGGCAGGGGCCGAUUAAACUGCACUCAUUGGCAUGGAGACUUCACGUAUAACUCCACCUGUGCCUUCUCCUGUGAGAUGGGGUUUGUGUGGAAUGGAUCGGAGAAGCUGGAGUGCACGGCCCUGGGACAGUGGACAGGGCGUCCCCCGCUCUGUGAAGCUGUUACGUGCCCAGGUUUGGCUGCCCCUGGCAGAGGCCGAUUAAACUGCACUCACUGGCAUGGAGACUUCAUGUAUAACUCCACCUGCGCCUUCUCCUGCGAGACGGGGUUUGUGCGGAAUGGAUCGGAGACAGUGGAGUGCACGGCCCUGGGACAAUGGACAGGGCAUCCCCCGCGCUGUGAAGCUGUCAAGUGCCCAGUGCUGGAUUCCCCGGGCAGAGGCCGAUUAAACUGUACUCAUUGGCAUGGAGACUUCACGUAUAACUCCACCUGUGCCUUCUCCUGUGAGAUGGGUUUUGUGCGGAAUGGAUCCGAGACACUGGAGUGUAUGGCCCUGGGACAAUGGACAGGGCGUCCCCCGCGCUGUGAAGCUGUUACGUGCCCAGGUUUGGCUGCCCCUGGCAGAGGCCGAUUAAACUGCACUCACUGGCAUGGAGACUUCAUGUAUAACUCCACCUGCGCCUUCUCCUGCGAGACGGGGUUUGUGCGGAAUGGAUCGGAGACAGUGGAGUGCACGGCCCUGGGACAAUGGACAGGGCAUCCCCCGCGCUGUGAAGCUGUCAAGUGCCCAGUGCUGGAUUCCCCGGGCAGAGGCCGAUUAAACUGUACUCAUUGGCAUGGAGACUUCACGUAUAACUCCACCUGUGCCUUCUCCUGUGAGAUGGGUUUUGUGCGGAAUGGAUCCGAGACACUGGAGUGUAUGGCCCUGGGACAAUGGACAGGGCGUCCCCCGCGCUGUGAAGCUGUUACGUGCCCAGGUUUGGCUGCCCCUGGCAGAGGCCGAUUAAACUGCACUCACUGGCAUGGAGACUUCAUGUAUAACUCCACCUGCGCCUUCUCCUGCGAGACGGGGUUUGUGCGGAAUGGAUCGGAGACAGUGGAGUGCACGGCCCUGGGACAAUGGACAGGGCAUCCCCCGCGCUGUGAAGUCAUGAGAUGCCCCAAGCUGAGGGACCUAGAGCCAAUUCUUAUGAAUUGCUCCCACCCUCUGGAAUCCUUCAGCUAUGGGUCAGUGUGUCGCUUCCGCUGCACUCAGGGCUACUUCCUCAAUGGGACAAGUAGGGUGCAGUGCCAGCCUGAUGGGCACUGGUCAGACAAGAUGCCUGCCUGCCAAGAAGAGGCUGCUCCCUAUUUCAAGCAAGUCCUGCUUUACAUGGGUGGUGGAGCUGUGGCCCUUGUGGCCCUGUUGCUGACCGGAAUGUUCAUAGCUCUGCUAAUCAAGCGUCUCAGUGACAAAGAGGAAGAAAAAACCCUGCUGAAUCCCACCAGUAACCUGGGAGCACCUGGUGUCUUUACAAAUGCAGCGUUUGACUCCAACUUUUAAGCUAAAGCAGAAGAUGCCCUCAGGAGAGAAGAUCACUGGAAGGAAAAGGUCCUGAAGAUGGUACUCAUGCCUCAAUCCUUUUAGAAGCUGUUUUUAUACCUUACUCCUCAGCUCAGCUCUGCCAUCAUCCAGCCCAAGAACUCACAGUCACUGACAGUCAGGGAUUAAACUAACUCUGGUGCACACAUCCAGUUCUGAU